AGGAUGCAGCGGGCCGCGCUCUUCCGCGGCGGCGAUGCGCAGAUGGCCGCCGGGGACCUGGGCGAGCUGCUGGUCCCCUACAUGCCCACGAUCCGGGUGCCCAAGUCAGGGGACCGGGUCUACAAGACGGAGUGCGCCUUCUCCUACGACUCGCCCGAUUCAGAAGGAGGUCUCUACGUGUGCAUGAACACGUUUCUGGGGUUUGGAAGGGAGCACAUCGAGAGGCAUUACCGGAAAACAGGACAGUGUGUCUACCUGCACCUGAAACGGCACAUCACAGAGAAGGUACCAGGAGCAUCUGGUGGAGCUUUACCAAAAAGGAGGARUGCUAAGCUAUUUUUAGACCUAGAGACAAGCAGUGACCUCAACAGUGAUGACUUUGAAUAUGAAGAUGAAGCAAAACUUGUUAUAUUUCCGGAUCACUAUGAAAUCUCAUUGCCCAAUAUAGAAGAGCUCCCAGCACUGGUGACGAUAGCCUGUGAUGCGCUCCUCGGUGCAAAAUCACCCUACAGGAAGCAGGAACCUGACUCCUGGGAGGAAGAGCUACAGGCUUCUAAACAUGCCAAAACACUUGUGCAGUUAGACAAUGGUGUUAGAAUCCCCCCCAGUGGCUGGAAAUGCUCCAAGUGUGACCUGCGGGAGAACCUGUGGCUGAACCUGACGGACGGCUCGGUGCUCUGCGGGAAAUGGUUCUUUGAUGGCAGUGGGGGCAAUGGGCACGCCAUGGAGCACUACAAGGAGACAGGAUAUCCCCUGGCAGUGAAACUGGGAACCAUCACUCCUGAUGGAGCAGAUGUCUAUUCCUUCGACGAAGAGGAGCCGGUUUUAGAUCCACACAUUGCAAAGCAUUUGGCACACUUUGGGAUUGACAUGCUGCAGAUGCAAGUGACAGAGAAUGGGCUAAGAGAUAACGACAUAAAGCCAAGAGUCUCAGAAUGGGAAGUGAUUCAGGAAGCUGGUGUGAAACUCAAGCCCAUGUAUGGCCCAGGGUACACUGGCAUGAAGAACCUGGGAAAUAGCUGCUACCUCAAUGCUGUCAUGCAAGCCAUUUUCAGCAUCCCAGAGUUCCAGCGAGCGUAUGUGGGAAACCUUCCACGAAUAUUUGACUACUCUCCUCUUGACCCAACACAAGAUUUCAACACUCAGAUGGCUAAACUGGGACAUGGGCUCCUUUCAGGCCARUACUCUAAGCCACCCAUGAAAUCUGAGCUUAUUGAGCAGGUGAUGAAAGAAGAACACAAGCCUCAGCACAAUGGAAUAUCUCCCCGAAUGUUCAAGGCUUUCAUAAGCAAAGGUCACCCAGAAUUUUCCUCCAAUAGACAACAAGACGCACAGGAAUUUUUCCUACAUCUUAUAAAUCUGGUAGAGAGGAACCCCGUGGGCUCAGGAAACCCCAGCGAUGUGUUCCGGUUCGUGGUGGAGGAGCGCACGCAGUGCUGCCAGUCCAGGAAGGUGCGCUACACCGAGAGGGUGGACUACAUCAUGCAGUUACCUGUGGCCAUGGAGGCAGCCACCAACAAAGAUGAAUUAAUUGCCUAUGAAUUGAAGAGGCGAGAAGCAGAAGCUGCAAGGAGACCUCUGCCAGAGCUGGUCCGUGCCAAGAUCCCAUUUACUGCUUGUCUGCAGGCCUUUUCUGAACCAAGCAACGUAGAGGAUUUCUGGAGCAGUGCCCUUCAAGCAAAAUCUGCAGGAGUUAAGACUUCUCGUUUUGCUUCGUUUCCUGAGUACUUGGUGGUGCAGAUAAAGAAAUUCACCUUUGGCCUUGACUGGAUACCCAAAAAGCUUGAUGUUUCCAUAGACAUGCCAGAUUUCCUGGAUAUCAGCCACCUUCGGGCCAGGGGGCUCCAGCCAGGAGAAGAGGAGCUCCCAGACAUUGCUCCUCCCAUUGUCAUUCCUGAUGACCCAAAAGAUCGCAUGACGAACCACUUCAUGGAGUCCCUAGAUAUUGAUGAGUCCUCAGUGAUGCAGCUGGCAGAGAUGGGAUUUCCUCUGGAAGCGUGUCGCAAAGCUGUCUACUAUACAGGCAACCUGGGUGCUGAAGUGGCUUUCAACUGGAUCAUUGCCCACAUGGAAGAGCCAGACUUUGCCGAGCCAUUGGUCAUACCUGCGUUUGGAGAAGUUGCUUCCAGUGGGGUAGCUGCUCUGGGAGCUGCAGGGCUGGAUAACCAGCCUCCUGAAGAGAUGGUGGCMAUCAUCAUUUCCAUGGGGUUCCAGAGGAAUGUGGCAAUUCAAGCRCUGAAGGCGGCGAACAAUAACUUGGAGCGUGCACUGGAGUGGAUCUUCAGCCACCCUGACCCUGAGGAAGAGAGUGACCCUGCUUUGGACACGAUGGACAUGGAGAACAAUGCCAAUGCCAAUAUCCUGGCAGAGACAGGGUCAGAGGGACCCAGGAUCAAGGACGGGCCUGGCAGAUAUGAGCUGUUUGGGUUCAUCAGCCACAUGGGAACAUCCACCAUGAGUGGCCACUACGUUUGUCACCUCAGAAAGGAGGGAAGAUGGGUGAUCUACAACGACCUUAGAGUCUGUGCCUCAGAACGACCUCCCAAAGACCUGGGCUACAUUUAUUUUUACCACAGGAUACCAAGUUAGGCCUCAGAUCUAUCACCCGGCCUUAAGAAGCCAUAAGCCUUUUUAACCUGCCAAAAAAAAAAAGCAUAAAUAAAAACCUAAAACCAACGAAAGACCCCAAACCCUUGGACUGCCAAAAAGCAAAGGAAAACAUGGGAUGUUUAUAGUGUAUUUAAAAACAAUCAUUUGACGCCGCCUUAAGUGUUAGAUGGAAGAUUUCUAUUAGGUGCUGUAUAGGACAUUGUUUUGGAUUUCUACACCGUACAGUGGAUUUCUGGUGCAGUUUGCAGCCAGUGUGUGGAGAAUGUGGAAGCUUCAGUGUUGAGCAAAAAUAGCCCAGUUGAGCCCAGCUCCUGCCUGCUCUGUCCGUGCCUCCUUUGAAGAACACAAACCAAUAUUUGUGUUUUUGGUAACUGGGACCCGGUGCUUUCAUCCAGAGUCCAGACCACGUAGAGAAAUCAUUCGAAGGGAGGAGGUUUGUGGCUGUUCUUCAGAGCAGAAUGUCCUAUUUCAGAGAUUAUUUUCAGUGCAGUGAGGAAAGUCAGCUGAAGUUGUAUCUGUUGGAAUUCAGUGGUGCAGUAUCUUAAUUUGACUUUUCCAUGCGUGAGCCUGAUGGAGACAGGAGCAAUCUCCUCUCAGUGCCCUCUGCACUUUUUUGCCAAAGAGAAAUUUUAUUUUUGCAGGCAUAGGUUUCUUCGUUUUCACUUGAAUGUUCAUUUUGCAAGUUCUUCCAACAGAUUCGGGGUUACAGAUGGCUGAAAGCAGCAGAAUUUCUGACUUUGAAAUUAAUGCACACCCUCAGGAAAGGCAAGGCUUUUGUUUAAAUUGGUUUCCUUCUGGAGGAGGUGAAGAAGGGUUCCAUGUCCCAUUGUAUUUGUGUCAGGGAAAUUUGCAUCUUAGACCACUCAUGUUCCAUCUGAAAUCAACUCCCUGACAAAAAAAAAAUCCUGCUUUCUGCUUAAAUACUGAGUUUCAUAUUGGAGUGGGAGAAAUUGCUUAGURAAUUUGCUGGUUUGUUGAUUUGCCCCUCUCUCCCUCCCUUAAAAAACCAAACCAACAAAAAACAGCAAGGAAAAGAAAUCAAACUGCAUAAAACCCACCUUGAAUUGAUAUUUCAGCUUUCUUUAUACUUGCAAAUGCACCAAUAAUCUGAUCUCUUCAACAGACACCUUCUGGAAGGGGUUUGAUAUCUC